AUGGUUUUAUUUUCCUCAAAUAAAAUGUUGAAUUUUUUUCAUUUAAUUGUGUUCAGCAUGGAUCACUCCGCGCAGAAAGCGGCUUGAACUUUGAAACAGAAUGGGCCCGGGCACAUCCAACAGUCCUGGCGUUAUUGAACCAAACGGUAAAUUAUUUUCGUUCAAUUUUCGGUUAUAAUAUUUUUAAAAAGAGGGUUACCCCAACUGAAUGGCAAGACCUUUUUCUGUCCGUGUACAAAAUCCAUUCUUGGGUGGAAGAUGGUGAGGAAAAGGUUCGAGAAGCUCUUUCCGAAGAUAUCGUUCGAUAUGUAGCAGAAGCUGAGAAGGUGAGUGGUAAUGACGAAAAUGAGUUAAAUAACGAAAUUACCAGAGAAUUCGAGUUUACGAAGGCACGAGCUCGCUUUUGCGGGUUUACAUCAACGAGUGGGCCCGGUUCUACAAACAGGCCAAUAUUCUGCCCCUUCCAUUCAAGGUUUUCUCCAAGAAAAAAAAAACUUUUUCAUAUUUUUUUCAGGUGAUCGAAUCGGCUUAUGGGAAAACAGCGAAAACUAUUGACCUUGUCCCGAUAAAAACGGUAAAUCCAGCUAAAUUCCGUAAUUUAGGAUAUAUUUUCCAGGUGAUGCUGGAAAAAUGGAACACCGCCAUUUUUUCCUCGUUCAGUCAGCAGUUGCUGUCCGCGGCGAUGGGAUUGGUCGAAUCGGAAAGAAAUGGCGGGAUAAUCGAUUCUCAGUUGGUUAUCGGGGUGCGGGAGAGUUUCGGUGGGUUUUAUUAAGGAUAAUUAUAACUUGAAAAAUUAUUUUUGCGAUUUUUUUUAAAAUAACUUGACGGGGAAUCACUUAAGAGUUGAGAAAAUUAAUACUGAUUCUGCUUCCAAAGACAAUUUAAUUUCGCGUCAAGUUAAUUAUAAAGGUUUCCUAUAGGCUUUUGAGGUGGUUUUGAAGAGCUUUUUCAAGUUAAUUCUUCGCGUUUCCGCAAAUUCAUCUACUUAGCUUUUAAAUGCGGUGUGAAAAAUUUAUUACAAAUUUAAUUGAAUUUUUCACAUUUUAUAAUUAAAAAAAGGUUCUUCUUAUUUUUCUACUUUGAAAUUUCGAGUUGAUAUAUAUAUUUUUCUAUAAUAUUUGCUUCUCCGACAGAGCCUAGAGCAGUGAAAAAAAAAAACAUUUUCUACAAAAAAUUUCACGCGAAUCGAAAAAAAAAAACUUGUUUUUAAUCUUAAUUUUUUGUUCUUGAACUCUCUUGUCAAUGAAAAACGAAUAAUGAAAGCAAAGAAGGUUAAAAAAAAACGAUCAUAAAUUUGAAUAUUUUCCAGUCGCUCUGAACGAUGCGCCAGACGAUCCCUUGGCGCUGUACAGACGAACUUUCGAGAAAGUUUUCACCGAGGAAACUGUCAACUAUUACAAAAAUCGAAACUCCCAGGUUUCUUAUAGACGCCAGAGUGGUCCCUAUAGGGGUUAGGAGGGAAAAGAGUCCCUAUAGGGGUUAAAUUUAGGUGGUUCUAUAGAUGUUCAGGGAUUGAGUAAUAAGCCUCCAGAGCUUAAGUGGCCCCUGUAGAGGUUUUUUGAUUUUUCGUUCGAAUUUGAUAAGCGAAAAGAGGUAUUUGAAAAUUAAUUGAUCAAUCCUUUGAUCGGCUAGCAUGCUCCCCUGAAGUGGCCACUUUUGCAAACACUACGUCCCUAUAGCGGGAGCUAAAGUGGUCUCUUGAAAGGAACCUGCACGGACCCCUAUAGGGACCACUCUGGAGUUCCCAAGUUCUUCGGAAAAAACCUUUGAAUCAUAAAUUUUCUUUCAGUAUUUGGAGGAACAUGGGGUCCUGGAGUACAUGAUCUACGCUGACAGGAAAUUGGACGAGGAAAAUCUUCGGGCCUCGAAAUAUUUGGAUUCAUCGUAUCCCGCCAGCACCUCUCAUGUCAGUAUUUUUGAUCAAAGAUCGAAAAAAAAAAUCGAUAAUUGAUAGGAAUUUUCGAUUAUUUCAAUCAAAGGUGCUUUCAGGGUAAUGACGAGGCUAGAUUGAAAGCACCAAAUGUAAUGACUCAAUAUUCUAUCAAAAAGGUUUUUUUUAUUAUUGAUUUUUUAAACAUUUAAUCGAGUUUUUUAGGAAAAAUUAUCGAUUAUCAAAAAUCUUUUUUCCAGGUGUUUAAAGGAGGAUACUGAAAUCUUGAAGGUCUCAAGGCGAAAAAGCUUUUUUUGAGUUUUAUUGAGUCUUGCGAGGAUUUUGUGUUUUCAAACAUCUUAAAAAAAGAUUUUUUUGUGAAAGUUGUAUCGAAAUAAAAUCCGGAAAAGCCUCGAAUUUUUCUAGAAAAUUGGAUUUUUUUAUAGUUUUUUUAUCAGUGAAUUGAAUUCCGAAAAUGCUUCUUGAAGUUUUUAUAUUAUAGAUUUUUCUCCUUCGAAAAUUAAAAAAAGCUUCAAUUUCAUUUUUUUAAAUUAAAUUUUAAGAGUCUUCCUAUUAGUUUGAGAUAAAUUUUUUUCUAGUUUAGUUUUUCAGUCCAGAAAGAGCUUCAGUUUCCCGUGAAAUUGGUCUUUUAGAGAUUAUAUCAGUGUCUUGAGUUCCGAAAAUGCUAUCGAAAGUUUUAUUUUAUACAUUUUCUCUUAAGAAAAAUUUUUUUAUUAAAAAGUUCCAUUGUUCUCCUAUUUAAUUGCAUUUGACGAUUUGAAGCAUAUGGAUUGUUGCGUGAUGGUUUUGGUGGAAGAAUAUGAAGAAAGUAUUCUCGGAGAGUGCUCUCGAUUGAUCCAGAAUCGGGAUGUCGAACGUAUGUUUUUAUUUUUCAAUUCUAAGAUGAUUAAAACAAAUAUUUGUGCAGAAAUAUUCAGAAGAAACCAGAGUCCACCUUCAAUACCAGUUCAGAUCCUCUAAUUAAAAAAAAUAAGGCUUACUUUUUACUCUUAUAACAAUUCAAAAAGCAGCUCGAAAAAUUUUUUUGAAAUUAUAAUUUUUUUGGUAAAUUGUUCUUGGAAGAUCCUAGAAAACUUGUAUAAUGAGCCUAAAAUUUUUGAUGGCCUGGUCAAAGUAAUUUUGGUGAUUCGAAAAUUGACGCGUUCGUUUAGAAUUAUUUAGAUAAAUUUUGAAUAGGUUUGAAUUUAGGGUGAAGUUGGAAAAUUGGGUCCUACAACGAUAUAUCGUGAUUUAUGAGCUAUACGGUGACUUUCACGAAAAAUUUCAGUUGAAAAAGGACCAAAUUAUUCAAAAGUUCAGAGUUUCGCGCGUAAAAGUUAAUGUAGCCGAUUCACGACUAGCUUAUGAAGGUGGCCUGUCUGCCCUCUCCACGAGCCAUGCACUAUCUCGUGCAUUAUCGUGUCAGGACUCUUUUUUCGAUAACAAAAGCCAGCCUUGAAUCAGCUGUAUAUAUCGUAUUUUUCGAAUUUUAAUGAAGCUAUUCGUUUCAGGGCUCCAGCGUCUCUACAGGCUGAUUCGGAGAACCCGAAAAGGCAUCGAAACUGUCGUCAAAUGCAUCGACGAACACAUCCGGACCGAAGGCCUCAACGACAUGCACGCUAAUGCAGAGACUAUCACUGCGGUAGGCAUUAAAAACAUUCUUCCCAGGUUUUUUUUCCUAACGGGCGAUCCUUUUUAGAGGUUGUGUGACGGGGUAACAUAAUGAUUUUAAAAGUUGAAAAGACAGGUUUUCAGGGGUUAGUGAACUAAGAUCGGGUUUGAUUUUCAUUUGUUUGAGCUCUUGUGACACUGAUAAAUUUUUCCUGGUGAACUACAUGAACUGUCAGAUUUACAGAGGGUAUAAAACUAAGAUCGUGUUUCAUUUUUCAUUCACCUUAGUUCAUUUGAAAGUGACAGCUUUUUUCUUGCGGUUUACAUGAUUUCCCCACAUAUUAUUGAUUAGUAAAAUAUUUGCAAGGUUGAAGGUUAAAGCAAAGUUUUUGAAAGAUUGAAAAGUCAGAUUUUUCUCAGGGUAUGUGACUUGAUCGGGUUUCAUUUUUCUUUUUUUCAUCUUUCAUUUCUCAUUUUUAAAUGAAAGCCCGUUUUCUAGUGAAAUAAUGUUAUUAGGAAAAGUAGUUUUAUUUGUUUAAAUUUAGUUACGAACCUAAAGUCUUGAGGCACCUGUGGAAACGGGCUUUAAAGGAGACUUUUGUUUUUUUCAAACUUUUGUUGAACUAAAUUUUGAAUUGGUAUCAAAAUGUAAAGAAAAAGUUCAACAGUAAAUAGAUAUCUAUGAACGAGAAAGUUUUUUUGGAACUUGUUUGAAACGAAGAUUUUUUUUUUGAAGCUUUGAUCUUCUAAAAUUUAAUUUUUUGUGGUGAGCCUCAGGAAACUUUUUUUUUCAGGACCCUUCUUUCUGAUUCCGAACAGUAAAUUCAAAAGAAGAUAUUGGUUUUCCAAAGAUUGGCUCGAGUCAGAGAUUAAUCAAUCUUUCAGGACCCGGAGAAGUACGUGGCGCAGCUGCUGAACAUGUUCGAAAAGUUCAGCGCCCUGGUGCGCGACGGGUUCUGCGACGACGCACGUCUUCUGACGACCCGCGACAAGGCGUUCAGAGAAGUCGUCAACGACUGCUCCAUCUUCCGUCUGGAGUUGCUCAACAAGAAAGGGUGCGUUCUGAAGGGAACUGUUGGAGUUUGCGGCUUUUGUGAAGUCUGUUCAGAUCUGUCUUCGCUCAAACUCCGCCUCUCAUUGUAUAUCUAACCAAUCAGAGAGCGAGCCAAAGAGCAAAGUCGUGAAUUUUUCCAGAAAAACUUCUUCCGUCGAGUCAAAAUGCGCCGAGCUCCUGGCGAAUUACUGUGACCUUCUGCUCCGAAAAACGCAGCUGAGCAAAAAGCUCACAUCCGAAGAAAUCGACGAGAAACUCAACCAAGUGGUUCGCGCUCUAUCGCACUUUCCAAUGCUAACUGUUGAUUUCCAGCUCCUCGUGCUGAAAUACGUGCAGAACAAGGAUCUUUUCAUGCGGUUCCACAGAGCGCACUUGUCCCGUCGCCUUAUUUUGGAGAUGAGUGCGGAUCAGGACAAGGAGGAGAUGAUGGUCAACAAGUUGAGGGUACGAAAAAUUGUUCGAACUGGUCAGAAAAUCGCAAAUAUUUUUUUCAAAAUCAAAGCGCAAAAAUUGAGUUAAAGAAAUCUAGCCUCGAAAAAAAUAUAAAAAAAUAUAUUUUUGCAAAGGUAUUUUUGCAAAAUAUAUAUUUUUAAAAAAAUAUUUUGCAAAGGUUUUUUUGGCGAUUUCACGGGAGAAACGGAGCAUUUUUUUCAAAUUUAAAAAAAUAUGACUCGAAAUGCUUCGAAACAGUACUAAUUUCCUUCUAGGAGCAAUAUUUUGCAUUUCGGGUCAAGAAGGACUGCCAGAGUGGCUUCUAUAGGAACAAUUUUUAAGGCCUUUGAAAAAAUAAACCCCCUUCCCAUUAAAGCUUGAAAAAUUGAACUGCUUUGAAUUUAUUUUCCUCCAUUUCCAGGAAUGUGGAAUGCCGCCCGAUAUGGUCAAUAAACUGUCAAAAAUGCUCCAGGACAUCGAAGUUAACAAGGUUUUCAUCAUCAAAAUUCAAUCGAUGGAUAUAUUUUAUCGAUUUUCAGGACCUCAGCUCCUUGUUCAAGCAAUCGCUGUCGAUCAAUAACAAUAAAAUGGCUGGUGAGAAAAAAAUUACUCUACAAAAAAAUGAGAAUAAUAAUUUUUUUCUUAUGUUUUUUUAAAGAGAAAAAGUUGACGAUUGAAAAUGGAAAAAAAUUUUUGAAAAAAAUUAUGAUUUUUUUCUUUCAAACAACAUCCUUCCUUUUUUUGGAAAAAUACAGCAUCUUCGUAAUUUAAAAAAAUCUUAAUUUUUUUGUAGUAGUCAUGUCGAUAUUUUUUUGGUUAUAAAAGAUUUUUUUAAGCUCUAGAGAUGAAAGAAAAAAAUGUUAGAGACAAUCAUUUUUAUAGAUUUUUUUGAGGGAUUUCUUUAUCGAAAAAUUCCUUGAGUUUGAUAUCAAACUGAUAUUGCAAUUUGAAGACUUAAAAUUUAGGUUUUAAACCAUUUUUUUCUGGAAAAUUUCAUUUUUGUUGAAGGCAUGUAAUUAUGUAUUUUUCAAAAAAUCCAAUCUUCAAAUUUCUUGAAUUUAUAUUAACUUUUUAAUAUAAUAUUGAUGCUCAAAAAAAUAAUUUUCGAAUCGCAGAAAUUUUUCAAAAAUUUUUCCGUGGAUGGCAUAAAAUUUAUGAAUUUCGAAAAAUAUCUCUUUUUUUAAAGAUUUAAAAAAAUUUUUUUCAAUUUGCUAAUUUUUUUAAAAAAAUUCUUAUGAAUUGAGUACCCUAUUUCUUUCAAAAAAAGAUGAUUUUUCUUUUUAUUAAAGAUGUGGUCAAUAUCAAAAUACUGAACGGCGGGGCGUGGGGACGUGGCGGGUCGGACAAAGUUCGAGUCUCCUUGCCCAGAGAACUGGACGAAUUUGUUCCGGAGGUUUGGAAAUACCUAAAAAACGGCCAGAGCCUAGAAUUUCCGGUUUAGAUCGAAGGAUUCUACAAAAAACAGCACAGUGGACGGAAAUUGGCCUGGAUGCACCAUUGGAGCAGCGGAACGGUCAGUUUAGGAUUAUUUUUAAUACAAAAAAAAAAAUCGUUUUCUAUAGAUAAUUGAGUUUAUUUUUGUAAAAAGCCUGUUAAAUGAAUAAGAUUUAUAUUGAAGUUUUUAAAAACUCUAUGAAGAGGAAUCAUCUGAAAGAAUUUUUUGAGACGUUAAGAAUAUUUUUUCCCAGAAAGAAACAUGAAAAUGAGCAAGCCUUACAUUGAAUAGAAGCAAAAAAUGGCAUAAUUUUCAACUUCAUGAUCUUUUGGGACCUGGUUACUUCAUAAGGUAUGGUUUUUAUAAACUCUUUGGAAAGUAAACUUCCGAAUUUCUUCUUUCAGAUGGUCUUCGGGACGUCUUCCGGAGGCCGAUUCGACCUCGAAGUGACCACUUUCCAGAUGGCCGUCCUUUUCUGUUGGAACGACAGGGCCAACGAAAAAUUGUCCCUCGAAUCUUUGAGAAUCGCCACCGAACUGCCCGACACGGAGCUUUUCAGAACUCUUUUGGUGAUUAUUUUUUUAAAUCUCAUGAAACUACUGAAACUUAAAGGAAAAAUGUUUUUAAAUCUCAAAUAUAGGUGAUAAUUUUUUUUGGUUAAAAGAUUCAUCUUUAAAUUCUAAGGAAUGAACUUUUAAAGAAAAUUUUGGUUUUGCCCUCAAUUUUUGGAAAUUGAUGCUUUUUCAUGUUUUCGGGAUAUCACGAAGUUUAACUGUUUUUUAAAUCAUUUUCAAGUUUUAAUGCAGGAAAUUGAUGUUUUUAGAUUUUAUUCAUUUUUUUGAAAUGAAGAAAUAAUUAGAUCUAACCCCUCUCCGAAUUUUUCAAUAAGUCAUUUUGCAAGAGGAAGCUCUUUUUUCCGAUUUUAUUCAAAAUUAUCUAGUCAUUUUCAGUCACUGGUUGCAUGUCCCAAGAUCAAGUCCCAAGUCCUGAAUUGCGACCUUCCCGGCCCGAACAUCAACCCGAGGGAUUUCAACGAUUCCACGCUUUUUUUCGUCAACCACGACUUCAAUUUGUCCAAGGUUCGUUUUUUUGAGAAGGGCUUACAAAAGAGUUUUUCGUUGUACCUGAAAUAGAGACCUUAGGAACGCCAGAGUGGCCCCUAGAGGGGCUAAGGAAAAUCAGCCGCCUAGUGGGAUAAUCUAGGGCCUUAGAGAGGUUUAGUGUCGGACUUUUACUGCCUGAAGCUUAAGUGUUCCCUAUAGGGGUCUUUUCUGAAAUCCUUCCAGAUUUUUUUCCAUUUGAAGUUUUGGAUCGUUUCAAAAGUCGAGAGGGUUUUUUUAUGUGUUUAAUUUAUUUAUUCAGAUUUUUUCCGUGAUAAGAGAAUGCAAAAAAAGAAACGUGAAAAAAAAUUCCGAGAAAGUGCCUUUUUUUCUGAGAUGAACAAGGACGAAAAAAAUUGAAUUUUUGAAAAAAAUAGUGAAAAUUUCAAGGAUUUUUUGACUUUAUUUUUACUCAAAUCAAUCAACUUCCAUUCAAAUUCAUGUUCAGAACGGAAAAGCUCAACUCCGGGGCAAAGUGAACCUGAUCGGACGGCUUCAACUUUCCCUGGAACCGAAUGCCGAAAAGGAACACGAAAGUAUCGUUGCUCUCCGUGAAUAUCGUGUCCAGGAGGCCAUUGUCAAGGUAUUUCAUCACAACUUUCAUCCUUUACAAGCUCAAAUUAAGGUACUCAAAACACGAAAAUCGAUCACUUUGGCGCAGUUGACGACGGAGUUGAUCGAGAUCCUGAAGCCGUUUUUCCUGCCAAACCGCAAGAUGAUCAAGGAACAGAUCGAUUGGCUCAUCGAGAAUAAGUGGGCAUUUUUCUUGGUUUUAAUAAACUGUGAAAAGGGUUCCGGGUUAAGAAAAUGAUGAUAAAUCUGUCAAAAAAAGAUUUUUCUUCAGAUUUUUGAUAAAGCUUGACGAUAAAUUAAUGUUUGGCCGUUAGAUGUUAUCGAUUUUUGAAGAAUUUUUUUAUAAUAUUUUGAUGUUUGGAGAAGUUUCAUGCGUGAAAAUUCCUGCGAGAAAAAGUUUUUUUAUUUAGAAAAAAAUUGGUUUUUUUCUUUGCACUUUUUUCAGCUUAUUUCAACUUUUCGAACUUAUUGCUCAAUUUCUAAUUUCUUCGACAAUACUAGAGUUCCAAUUUUUCAUGAAAAAAAUGUUUUUUUAGAUUCAAAGUACAUUUUCGGAUCUAUCGUGAAGAUUAAAGUUGAUAAUUUCUAGAAAAAGUUAAAAAAAGUUUUUAAGCUUAUCCUCUAAAACUCCUAAUUUAAAGUUAAAUUUCAAAAUAGUAACGAAAAAGUGAUUAUUCAGGUACAUGGAACGACGUCCAGACGACAUCAACACGUUUGUUUACCUCUCCUGA